GUGGGACGGGGGAGGAUGGCUCAACAAAUCACUAGCCACGUGCUUGACUCUACCCAGUUGUGCUUGUUGUGCUUCACGAUGGCCUUCCAACAGGGACUCUGUGGUUUCUUUGUAGCUGCUAUUGCAAUUGUUGUGGUCGCCCAAAAGCCUGACUCAAAGCCUGCAGACUUCCAGGUUGAGUGUAAGAGGGGAAGCGUCUUGGUAGUAUGGACUGUGGGCCCAGAGCUGGCUCCAAACGCCUCUCGUCUCAUGCUGGGAAGCUGCAUGCCAAACCUGUUCCAUCCCCAUCCCAACGGUGGUGGACAAGCUAUUUAUCACUAUAGGUUUAAAGACUGUGGAUUUAAGGAAGAGCUGACCAGCGACCAGAUUAUCUACAAAUCUAAGCUUGGGUUUAGGCCUAAACCAAAGCCUGAACCAUAUGUGUUCUCAUAUCCCAUUGAGUGCGUGUAUAGGAGGAAAAAGACCUAUAUGGCCCCUUUCCUGCAUCCUGGUUAUGCAGACAUUGAGGCAUAUAGUCAGCUGACCUUCAACAUGAUGCUGCUUAAUGACGACCUUAAUGGGCCGGCGCAGUCCAACUCCUUCCCUGUGGGCUCCUUCAUCCCCAUCUGGGCCGCGGUGGGCCAGAAGGGCCACCAGCCACUGGUGUUGCUCAUGGACGAGUGUGUGGCCUCCAGCAGCAUGACACUGGAGCCCAACUCUCAGGUGUACCCCAUCAUCACCAACCAUGGGUGUCUUGAUGAUGGGAAGCGUGCACAUUCCCAGUUUUUACCCAGAUACCAGUCUUCUGAGGUCGUUCUGUACUUGCAAGCCUUUCAACUUGGAGUUAAGGAUCAAGAGGUAUACAUUCAUUGUAAACUUGAGGCGUGGGAUCCAAAGGCGAUAAACGAAGGCAAUAAGAUGUGCAACUUCAACAAGCAGCUGGGAGGAUGGGAACUUCUGGAUGAUUCAUCUAAGAGUGCUAUAUGCAGCUGCUGCGACUCUGUCUGCAAGCGUCGGGGAAAACGGGAUACAAACUCGGAUGCUGGAGUUAUUCAGAAUGCUGUUCUUGAUUUCAAGACCUAUGAAAGUGUACCAGCUAGGAAUGCUGUGUUGUCUCUCAACAUGGCCACUCUGUUGACUUUGGUUGUUCUUGUGCUGGUAGCUGGUGUUGCCCAUGCAAAGGUGGACUUUACCGUGGACUGUGGGAAAGACACUGUGACCGUGUUGUGGCCGAUGGCUUUGCCAAAUGAACCCAACAUCGAGCCUGAGAAUGUCCGCCUGGGUUACUGUACUCCAACCAGUGUACACACCAUGCCAGGUGGCGCACAGGCUGUCUUCUCUUUCAAAGAGUGGCGAUGUGGUGCAGAAAUGAUGGCCCUUCAAGAUGUGAUCGUUUGGUCUACAGAGCUCACGCAUAUUUCUGAGCUGGGCGAUGACCACCUCCUUUCUAAAGUGCACUGUGUUGAUGAAAGAACUCCAGACUGGACUCCACAAUCUUUUAAGCCUGUUAUCGAGACCUUUGGCAGCGGCCAACUGUUGUUCAGUAUGAAUCUGAUGAACGAGGAUUUCAGUGGGCCUUCCUUGACCACUGUCUACCGGCUGGGAGACCGUAUCCCCAUCGCGGCCUCCGUGGAGCAGGCGUCCCACCAGCCGCUACUGCUGCUGCUGGAGGAGUGCGUGGCCACCAGUGAUAUUGAACUAGAGCCCGAUACCCUAAGCCACACCUUCAUCUCCAACAAGGGAUGUUUUGACGACAGCAAGGAGUCCAUGUCCAGUUUCCAACCUCGCCAGAGUAUCAACGAAAUGCGGCUCUACUUGCAGGCUUUUGCCUUUGCAGUCGACAUGGAGGUAUACCUUCACUGUAAGCUUGUCGCGUGGGAGGAUGGUAACUUCAGUCCGUCAAAGAAGGCCUGCCAUUACAAAAAUGAAAGUUGGGAGCUUCUUGAUGACCCUUCCAACAGUUCUGUCUGCCGCUGCUGUGACUCGUCCUGCAAAGGAAGGCGGAGGAGAGAACUUGGUGGUGGCGUCACCAAGAAUCUGAAGGUUGGACCACUGAUUAUUAAGAGCGGAUUGAAGUCCUAAUAAAGUUUUUGACAAAAAUCUGA